UCCCAGGAAGUUCAGGUUCAGCUGUCUAUCUCGGCACUGGAGCAGGGUAGCUGGAAUAGUAGUUUCAGAAAAAAGAAACUUGCAAUAUCACAUCUAGCACAACAACGCGAAAUUUUUUCACGAUGGAAUCCUUCAAAAGGUUUCAGGAUGAUGGUUAUAAAAACUGGAUUAAAACGACAAUGGGGUUGAACUGCCUUAAAACGCGACUUGGAGAUUUCCUGGAAAACGAAACCCAAACAUAUCACAACGAAUUACGAAACCAAGUAAAAACUACAAAAGGACGUGAGUGUAUAAAGAAUUGCGGAUUGAGGCAGAAGGGGAACUCAAAAUUUAAGGUUGUAACUAAAUGGCCACCCCUUCGCUCACCCAGUGGUCAUCUGCCCUGCACUACCUAAGAACGUGGCAUUUCUCCCGAGGUUCUUGUGCUGUGUAAAGAAGUGUGUGAGCCAUGGAGAGAUGCCAUCUUGUCCUACCAUAAAGGCGGACCGGUGUACUGGAAUAACUCCAAGCCGUACCUGUGGCCUACUGAGAAAUGGGAGGUGGCAAAGGCCCACAUGAACAAUGGAAAUGGGAAGAACACCAAAGUGGAGGACUUUGACAUCUCUGCAUUCCUCAACCUCAUGGCCCAUUGCGCCUAUUUUAAAAAGUUUGUGAAACCUGGUGUUCUCACAGAGGUGACUAAUGUGAGGAACAAAGUGAUGCACUCAGCUGACUUUCAGGUGGAAAGGAAGGACUUAGAUGAUUACAUGGCGCGAAUCAAAAACCUGGGCCUUGCUUUAGAAAAACAGGCACCCCUUUUUAGCAAGCUGGCAGAGGAGAUUGAACAGCUUCAAAAUAUAAACCUUAGUUUCAACAUGAAUGAGGGUGGCCAGGACAGUACACGUUCACCUGAAGACGUUCGGAAUAUGGAGAGGUUUCUAAGUCUGGAACAACAGAUACUAAAGGAAAAGUUGGAGUGCCUGUCCCAACGCUAUGAAGAGGACAGAGGGACAGCCCUCACUGUGGAGGAGUUGCAGUGUGUAAGGGUGUUUCUGGAGGGAAACAAGGACCUGCAGGAAAGCCUGCAGCCACAGUGGGAGAAACUGAAGGAGGUGCAGGAAAGUGUGAAGAUAUUAACCAACAGAGUGGACACACUGGAGAGAAUUACACACCCCCAUGAUCCUGAGUUCAAAACUGAUAUCCUUAAAUAUAAGAACCACCUGUAUGAAGAGGCCCGGAGACGGGGGUGGCCUGAGCCUGUCUUCACAGAGAAAAUGGAAGCUUCUGGUUAUAGGGGUUGUGUGAAGGUGAGAGGUCUUACGUUUGAAGGUACUCAAGUACACCCAAGUCGAAAGACUGCUCACCAGGAAGUGGCCAAACUGGCCCUGAGCCAGCUCCCCAAGGAUAGUGCCAACCGGAGUGAGCUAGCCAAUGACACAGAGGAGGGAGAGGCAUCCAGUAGCCAGACGGACCAACCACAAAGCGUCUCAUGCACAGGCCCUACCUUCUUUGGUAGUGUCACUGUGGUACUCAAAACUGACAUCACCUCUGGAGAGGGGCAUUCUGGGGAGACAGAGGCUGUGGAGUCUGCGUACAAGAAACUAGCUCUUCUUUUGGAUCUACCAAAAUCAGAUUCCUUCUCUAAGGCGGCAGUCCUGAAGCACUGUGACACACGGGAUGUCCAGCCCCCAGAGGAGACUGUUACUUUUGAUUCAGAGGGGGGGGGCUACCUCUGCACCCUCCAAUUCACUGGACCAGUCACCUUCUAUGUGUCAGAGGGUUCCAGCAAAAAGAAACAGGCACAGAAGCAGGCUGCUAAAGUGGCCCUCCAGCGGCUAUCCGGUGUCCUCGGGGACAAGGAAGUGGUGGGAGAGAACUACGUAAGUGCCCUGAAGGAGCUGCUAGAGGCCCAGACCCCACGCCUGGACAUGCCUGUUUAUGACAUUACUGACAGAAAAGGAGGAGGGAUGGGGGAGGUUACAGGGAAAGGAUUGUGGUCAGAGGUCAGCUUGAAUCCCCCUGAGAGUGAGGUGGUACCAGUGUCACCCAUGGACACCUUGGUUACUACGGACCUGAUGGAUACCACUGUCAGCAUGAACGCCGUGGCUGUUGAGGGCGCAGUGGUACCAAAAAACAUCACGGUUGCCAUGGAGACCCAGGAGGAAGGUGCCUCCGAGUCCGACCACCGCCGAGCCGCGCCCACCAUCCUAGAGGAGCGCGUCGUUUCCUCAGACGGCGGGGGGUUCUUUUCCUCUGUGGCGGUACGUGUCCAGAAGGACCUGGUCCCGCAGGAGGCCUCCACUCCGGAGGGGGCCCUCCAGGCAGCCUACUGCAGUCUGCUCCAGGCCCUGGCCCUGGAUCCUCCACAUAAAGCAGGUGGUGAGAAGCAGAGUGUGUUGGAGUUUUUCAGAUGGGUACAGUCUGUCCCCCCGAUAGAGGAUUGUGUGACAACAAUGGAUGGAAAGCACAGAUGUACUCUGGGAAUCGUAGGAAAUCUCACUUUCCACAGCCAAGAACCAGCCUCCAAAAAGCAGCAGGCAGAGCAAUGGGCAGCCAGGGAGGCCCUGAAGCAUCUGGACGGGGUCCUGAGUGGGGUUGUGGGUCAGGACACCAGUGGAGCGAGCCAGAACUACAAGGGGAGACUCCAGGAACUGCUUGUCAAGCAUGGAGGAGGCAGCAAGCCAGAGUACAAAACAGAAAAUAAAAAGAUCAGCAGGGGAGCAGCUGCAGGUCCGGUGACAGGGGAAACGCCUGGCUCCACUCAACAGGCUGACGAGUUGUCAGUCAGUGUUGCUGUUGACAAGGAGACAACGGCUGAAGAUCCUGGCCCACCUCCUCCGAAGAGAUCUGCAGGGGGGGGGGCGGAAGCUAUCAGGAGCUGUCUGGGGUUGUUGGGUCUACAACCACCUUGUGUGGUGUGUGAGGAAGUGUGUUUGGAGCAGUUGUUUGACUGGAAGGUGGAGGUCCAACUAGAGCAUUACAUCUUCCGAAACCAGACCUGUUACAGCACUAAGAAAGAUGCUAUCCGCGGGUCCUACCACAGUCUGGGCACAGCGGGCGAGAUCUGCCAGCCUGGCACUGAUCCGAGUCAGUCCACAGGAAAGGUGAAGCAAUUUUUUCUGCAGCAGAAGUUCCAGUUGCCUGAGGAGGAUGUACAAGAACCAGAGAAAGGCCAGUUCUACUGCUCCCUCAAAGACAUCACCUGUGUCUUCACCUAUAGUGGACAAGGUUCCAGUGAGGUUGCAGCGCGAAAGUCGGCCUAUGAGAGGGCAUUGUCACAACUGGUUCCAUUAAUUGGCUACAAUGUUCCUGUGGCCUCAUCCAGCAGUGCUGAGGAGGCGGAGCAAAGGCUCAAGAAUGUGUUGAAUGGAGCAGGCCAUCCUUCAGCUAACUCUGCCUUGAAAGGAACUCAGUACAGAAGCUCUGCCAAGCUGAGCUUCUUUGGGUAUAGUAUGGAGUGCCAGCAUCUGGGUAGUAAGAAAGCCAACAGAGCCCAACUCAGCCAGCGUUUACUGGGCCUACUGGGGGAGGACCAGAAGGGUACCUCAGUGAGAAAUGUCCUGGAUGAAUGGUUUUUGAAGAGAGAUCUGGAGAAACCUGUGUUUGAGGACAACCCAUCUGGGAGCAAAGUCACAUUUUCCACUCCUCUACUCUGCUCGUACACAGAUUGGCAGGACAGCCAGGAGAAAGCUGAGAAGAGAUUGGUCGAUGAAUUGCGGAUGUUGGUCAAAUUCCUGUUUGAUUGAAACACCACUGAUGCACUUUCCAUUGGCUCCCUGCCUGAAUCCAUUCAAAAAUGUUCUGCUCUGAUUUUCUGUGGUCGGUCAUGUCUGUGGUGUUGGUGGCAGUGUAAUUAUUUAUGAAUUUACCUGUCGGUAUUGCUGCACGUUUUAAUCUAAUAAGAAUUAUCCUAAUUCCAGCAACUUAUGGGUGCUGAAUUUAGUUUUUUGCACAGCUUAUAUGUAAUAACAUACACCCACCUAAAGGAUUAUUAGGAACACCUGUUCAAUUUCUCAUUAAUGCAAUUAUCUAAUCAACCAAUCACAUGGCA